AUGAGCGUCCAAAACACAACUUUUAAAGUCAGUAUCAAUGCAGCUGCAUCCGAUCUUUUUGUUCCUGUGGUGGGUAUAAACGAUUAUACAGGACAAACAAUCAAUAUUUCUCCGACAGGUCCAACACAGACGGUUUCAAUUAUAGAAAACGAUGUAAAUACAGGGUUUGGAUUUCAAGGAACAGUGUCCAUUCCAGGUACUCAAUUAAAUUCCUCAAACGCACCUAUAUUUGGAAUCAAAUCUCAAGAUACCAAUACUUUACCCAUCUACACCGCCAAUCAGGGAUACUUUGGAUUAGGUUAUCCCCAGGGAGCAAAAUACGUUGCGAAUCCACCAACAGUAGUUGAUGCUUUUAUUAGUUCUGGAAACAUGAUAAAAAAUGAGAUUGCUCUUCAAAUGUGCUCACCAGUAUUUUCAAGUCUCGCCUAUAUAGAUAUUGGCAACUCGCAGCCAUCUACAAAGUGCGGAUCAAAUGGAAUUCCAACCAUCUGGGCAUCUUCGCCAGAUAGAUCUAGUAUUUCUUUAAACGUAAAAGCUGUGACUGUAAAUUCAAAUCCUAUACCAUUUCCAGCUUCAUUCCAGAUGGGUACAGGCGCGGCUAAAUGGUCACAAAUCGAUACCAUCCAAAGCGUGAUUCUUCUUCCGUCAAGCAUGUUUUCUAUUUUUGUAAAUGCGCUAAUAGGAUCGGGCGGAUUGCCUCCUGAUCUUUUACAGUCUUCAAAUCUGUCUCCAUUUUUAUUUGGCGAAACAGUAUACAGACCUGCUUACACCAUUUUUUGGUACAACCUGCCUACAAUUUCGUUUGAUAUCGUAUCCAAUCAAAUUGGUCCAGAUGGCAUCAAUAACGCAACACUUCGAAUCACUUUGGGACCACACCAAUACAUUAUCAAAGAUGCUCAAGGCAACUUCUUUAUGGGGAUUUCUAUUGGUGACGAUUCAAAAGUGGUGUUUGGUCAAUCGUUUUUAUAUUCCUUGAAUGUCGUUUUAGAUCGCGCCAAUGGGUACAUUGGAUUUUCUCCUGGUUGUGCUUGCCAGACCAAUGUCGAUGGAUUCCCAAUAAUCCAACCACCAAAUGCUGGAUCGAUCCCAUCUGGAAUCGUAUCAUCUGGUAAUUCUACCACAACUACCAGUACAGCUUCUCAGACAGCCCAGUCAACACAAACAGCCGUUGUAAGUUCAGCAAGAAAAGCCGCUAUACCAUCUGGUCUUGGUUUAUCAUUCAUCUCUACUCUACUCGUCAGUAUUAUCCUAUUGGCCUAA